CCACAGCUCGGAACCAGUGGACGGUGGUGCGUGUGCGUAUGCUCGCGCGUGUGGGCGGUUUUUUUGUUUUUAUCACGCCAUUCGAACCCCGGCGACAAGAGUGUUCAAGUGCUGGGAAGAUUUUCCAGCUUCCAUUUGAAUAGUUUGAUCCAGAAAAACACACGCGGUAACCGAACCACAACAGAGCCAAAACCGACGUGACGUGUGGUGAAAACUAGAGAGAAAAUACCCAGUGUCCAGCGAUUGCACGGCAAAUUUGUACUGUCCACAUCGCUAGCGUUGUAAGUGAUGUGAAUGUAGGUGCAGUGUAACCAAAGUGUUCUACCCGUAGCCCCCGUUUAGUGUUUGUUGUGACGCGGUGCAACAAACCCGAUUCCGAUUCCCCAUCCGACACGAACACACCCUGGAUGCGAAAGCGACGCGUACAUUAUCACGCCACCAAAGCUCCGGAUGUCAUCGUAGCGGGUUCGCGUCCCUCAUCGGCUAGCCUCGAAGAAAUCCGGAAUCCGGUGUAGGUGCGGACGAGCAGACGCCAACCUACGGUCAACGGUCGGCCUACAAUACGCCUCAUUUGAAUUUUCUUUGACAAUUGAAGUGGAGGUGUGUCCAAACGUGCAGAAGAGCCAGAGAGACAGAGUUGGAAAACCGCCUCCACCAACCAAUCAACCAACUCCAAGCAGGCCGCUGUGUGGAGACAAUCAACAAUCCGGAGAAGCUUCCUCGGGUCCAGUAACCAGGGAAAGCAACACGGAAGACGCCUCCGGGCUGGGUGCCCACAAUCGAGCAGCAGACCGCAUCUUCGAACGGGACAACCCUUGGUGUGAUCCGGAAGUGGACGGAAUAGACGGGAUGGAAGAGCGUGAUUACAUCGGAUUCGCCACACUGGCGGAACAGGUGCACCGCAAAUCGGUGAAGCGUGGUUUCGAGUUUACGAUGAUGGUGUGCGGCGAAACCGGGCUCGGCAAAUCGACGCUCAUCAACACACUCUUCCUGACCGAGCUGUACGGCCAGCGCACCAUACCACUGGUCGAGGAGCGCAUCGAGAAGACGACCCGCAUCGAGAAGAAGACGCUCGACAUCGAGGAGAAGGGCGUGAAGCUGCGAUUGACGAUCGUGGACACGCCCGGGUUUGGCGAUUCGGUCAACUGCGAGGACAGCUGGCGCGUCUGCAUCACCUACAUUGAGGAGCAGUUCCGCCAGUACUUUACCGACGAGAGCGGCCUCAACCGGCGCAACAUACAGGACAAUCGGGUGCACUGUUUGCUGUACUUUGUGCCACCUUACGGGCGCAGUUUGCGCCAGCUGGACAUCGACCUGUUGCGCCGAAUCCACAAGAAGGUUAACAUCAUUCUGGUGAUCGGGAAGGCCGACACGCUCACGCCGAAGGAGGUGAAGUCACUGAAGGCCCGCAUCCUGGAGGAUGUAGAGACACACGGUAUCCAGAUUUAUCGCUUGCCCGAGUGUGACUCGGACGAGGACGAAGCGUUCAAGAAGCAGGAUCGCGAACUGAAGGCGAGCCUACCGUUCGCGGUGGUGGGCAGUAAUCUGGUGAUGGAGGUCGCUAGUCGCAAGAUCCGAUGCCGUCAGUACCCUUGGGGUGUAGUGGAUGUCGAAAAUCCCGAGUACAGCGAUGUGGGGAAGCUGCGCACGAUGCUCAUCUCGACGCACAUGCAGGACCUUAAGGAUACGACGCGAGAUAUUCAUUACGAGAACUACCGAGCGCAGUGCAUUUCUCAGAUAUCGCAGCACGCACUACGUGAGCGGAACAAGCUCAAGCACGAAUCGACCGCCUCCAACCAAGAACUGACCGAAGCGGAACGUUUGCUGCUGUUGCAGAAGGACGAAGAGAUCCGCCGCAUGCGAGAUAUGCUGGCCGAGAUGCAGGAAAAGUUGGACACUACCGCUACCGGCGAAUCGGUUGUUAACGUUUAGUAUAUACGACAGCGGAGGGCAGCUCGGUUUCUUCUUCCUCGGACGGCCGUAUUACAUCCUCCACCUCCACCCCACCCUAACCCCGCUGUUACCCCGUGCUCACGCGAUUACGCAAUGACCAAAAACGCGCCGCACGGGACAUCGUCAACGAUCAGGAGACCAGGUUACUAGUGUACUAACGUAAAUUUGUAGUUUAUUCCGCGAAUCAAAACUCAAAACUAGCCGAUUAGCAGAACGCAGGUUGGGAAUGCAUUUGGCCCCAAUACCUUCGCCUUCACCUCUGUGUUCGGGGUUUUUGGAGAUGAUAAUUGUUUUGCUAACUAGCAAGUAGUAGAGAACCACGUUGAUGUUUAGCAAUCCGCAGUCGCAGAAAGACGUUUGCGUGUUCCAUUGCGCACUCAAUUAGAGAGAGCAGUCGUGUUGCUUAAACAGGGAAAACGAACUGAACGAACGAGAUCACUUCUCCAUGCGGAAUAUCCCUUAACGAUUCAUUAUUCCCUUGGGACGCAAUUGAAUCUAUUUAUUUAUUUAUUGUCGCGUGGCAAAUAUGCACGACCAAAGAGAAUAC